CGCCUGUCAAAAUUUCGCCGCCAUGUUGUUUAACACAGGUGUAAAUAAUAUUUAACAUUAUUCAACGUUACAGAUCUACGACUAUCGUUUGUGCUUAGAUAACCAAACCUCUAGCCAAAAUGGAUGGAGCGGGCGUCAACUUGGUACCCUCGUCCAAUGUUUCGACAAGUUCAAGUGCUAGAAGUACACCUGUCCACAUGGCCUACAAACCAAUCACUCCGAGCUCAUCUCUCCUAGCUCUUUCCAAAACACCAGAUGAUGAAAUUCGACGGAAGAGCCAGGAUGAACUUUUGCAUAUUGUGCGACGACUUGAGGCGGAAAGCCGUAACAUUGUUGCAGAACAUUCUAGUAUUUUAAAAGAUGUGAACAAAAAAAUGCAGAUCUUACUGUUAGAAGUUCGAGGCCUGAAAGAUAUCAACCAAAACCUUCAAGAUGACAAUCAAGAACUAAGGGACUUGUGCUGUUUCUUAGAUGAUGAUCGACAGAGGGGUCGAAAACUUGCUCGAGAGUGGCAGAGAUUUGGACGAUACACUGCAAGUGUUAUGAGAAGCGAGGUAUCAGCCUAUCAAGAGAAACUGAAAGAGCUUGAAGGCAAGCAGCAGGAGCUAAUCACCGACAACCUUGACUUAAAGGAACUAUGCUUGUACCUAGAUCAGGAGAGAUUGAGGGCAUCCCAACCGAGGGAUGAAGGCGAUGGCAGUAGUAGCAGCACAGUGGCUGGCAAUGAAGAUGGGCAGGCUGACAUCGAGCUGGUGCCUGUCAGUGAACUUCAGGGGGGAAGGAAUACUGUCGAUGGCAACACUGGUAAAAGUGACUACAUCAGGCAGUUAGAGAACAGGGUAAAGUCAUUGGAGAAAGAAAAACAGGCCAAUGGACCAUGCUCUCAGCAAGGCUCAUCAAGCAGCCUUAGAGAAGCACCUCUUGUUCAGGUCACUGGUACCCAGCGAGUUGGACCAGAUGGUACCCAGGCCGGGGAGACCAGUGGAAAGGGAACCAGCCCUAACAAACCAGAGGCAGUUGUCCAUGCCAUGAAGGUGUUGGAGGUGCAUGAAAACUUGGAGCGGCAGGCCACAGAGGUGGGAGAGGAGAGUAGCCUGGAUGACAAGGAAAAGGCCAUUGUCCGGGAAAUGUGCAAUGUUGUAUGGCGGAAGCUGGGAAGUGUAAAGGCAGAGAAGCAGCAGGGUGAUCCUCCCCCUCCAGCAGGGCCCCCUCCAGGUCCUCCCGUGUAUGAGAACCUUGGUCCGGCUCCUCGCAGUAAGAGUACACCACCCAGCCUACCUCACCACAUCUCGCAAAGUAGCGUAUCCCCUGAGGACAACAUCUACCCUCCCGGCUAUCAGCAAGUGCAGUCACAUGGGCAGAGGCUUCAAGGAGGUCAGGGAAUGUCAGCCGUCCCGGGUGUGGGACAGUAUGACCCUCGGGACCCUCGAAUUGAAAAUACUGGAGACAGGAGACAUGGUGCCAUUGUUAAUAUGAACUCUAGUUAUUCUGCUGGUAGCAGUCAGCAGUAUGGAGAGGCUGAAUUCAGGGUGCCAGACAGUUAUCAGUUGCAAGGGGUGGGUCCCUAUCAGGGCCAGCAGAGAAAUGUGCCACCAAGCUCUAGCCAAUCCCAGCGCCCCCCUCCAGCAUCCUUCCAGCAAGGCCAGGAUGCGCACUCCGUUGCUUACUACGCCACAGGGCAGCCACAAAACAGCCAGGUUCACUCAUCAAGGUCUACUCCUGUCACUCCGACCCCACAGCUCCAGACCAACUCACCUGCCCCUGGGCAAAGAAUGGAGCCCCGGAGUCACUCCUCUGGGCCUGCUAGAAGGGCUAUCACACCGAAAGGGACAGAGGUCUAUGAGGUUCAGUCUCCAGUCCCACAUAGGGCACAGUAUUCAAGAUCUGAGCACCAGAUGGCUCAAGGUCAGGGCCCUGUGUAUCAGAAUCAUCCACCUACACAAAGGGCAGAUAAUUCAUAUGAAAAUGUACCUAGUGGAUAUAACUACACAUCAUCACAACAAAGCUUCAGCUCUGGUCCUACUCGAACCCAAGAUUCAGUCAGUGAAAAUUAUGAUUACCAGCCUACUUAUUCCAGUUACUCUGAUGACAAUAACCCACCCAACAAAUACCCACAGACAAACAGGCCAGUCAGUCAAAAUGUAACUUCACAGAAUCCAAGGCCAACCCAAAGUCGCCAUGUUGCCCAAGGUCAACCACAGGGCUACUAUCAAAAUAUGCAAGGGGGUCAGCGGGGCCAGACUCCAUCAAAGUCAAAUGUCCGAGACCCGUCUCCUCAGGGAUCGAGAAAGACACUCCCGUCUCAGCCCCAUCCCUCAGCUUCAGGCCCUCAAUUAACCACACAUAGAGCCACGCCCACCAAAUCUGGCUAUCAGUCAUACCCAGGACCACCAAACCCCCAGGUUUCAGGUCAGCCCAACCCCGCUGGAGCUCCCCCAGGGUAUAACGCACCUCCAGCUUAUGAUCGCCGCACCAGUUAUGCUGACAAUAGAGAUGGGAAUCAUCAAUACCCUGAAAGAAGAGACCCUCGAGAGCAAUACUACAGGAAGUGAUUUUUGCAGUUUGAUAAUUUUAUAUUUAACAAAGACAGAUACACAUCGGAUCAUCUCUCACAAACUUGCUAGAAAAUAAACUAUUUUGAAAGUAUAUUGAACAGUCAAUUAGGUUAAAAUGUAUAACCUAGAUGUAUUUGUUAAAUUUACAUGAUAUUCUAGUGUUGCUAGUAAUCUUUAUACUUUUAAACUUUUAUAGAUCUGCUAUACAUAUACACAUUUAUCAAUUCCAUGCAUUUAUCUGAUGAAAUUUUGAUAUUCUUAACCAAUCUCAGGUUGUUAACACUUUAAGGGCAUCAUUUAUUUACAUGCACUUCAUCAUAAGUGAUCAAUUAUUCACCUUAAAAUAGCUAUUAACCUUCAUUGUAAAUACUUUCAAGAAUUCACAAACUAGUGUGUGUUCAAUUCUUGAUCUCUGCUACACAUUCAUGUGUAUUUUUAGAAUAGAUUGUCUACUUUUCACUGACUAUGAUUAGGAUUAACAUGUACAGUGAAAAUGAAAGAAACACUUACAUUUUUAGAGCAUCAGAUUCUUCUUCAAUUUUAGGAUGAUUGUCAUAGUUACCUGCUUUUGUUUGUCUCUAUAGCUUUGAGGAAUCCAUCCUCGGUACCCAGGCUAUUCAUCACGUAUUUAAUAUAUUCUGUAAAGUUAUCUAAACAAUAUAGCAUUUGUUUCGAAGAUGUGAGGAAUCAUGCAUUUAGAAACUUGAAAAUUCACGUCCAUGUGUCGAAAUUACAUAAAAACAAUUGAAAAUUUACUCUUACCAUAUAUUGAGGGAUUUUUAAGAGUCAUCCUAGAGAUUUUCAGGCACUGCAGUUAUUACCAAUAUCAAUGUAUGCUUUGGUUCUUUGAUUGUAAAAUAUAUUAAAAAAAAUAAUUUCUGUCUCUGUAUAUAUACUUUCUUGAAGAAUGCCUGCAUUUAUACAUUUACAGAUAAAUGUGCAAUCAUUUGGCAACUUUAUAAAUAUAUUGUAGUAGUUAUUGUUCACCUAUGCAAAAUAGUUGUUGUAUAAUGGAAACAACAUGUGUACAACUUGUGCACAACAUUUUGUGCUAUAGAAUUUUGCAAACAAAUCCGUGUUAAUUCAUAAUCAUUUUGCAUAUAAUACAUAAAAUUAUUAAGUUAUAUUGUAGUGGUAAAACUUAACUACAAUCAAACAGAUAUAUGAAGAAAUAAGAAUUUGUGAUAUUGUUACAAUAAACUAGAAUAAAUUAGCAAUGACAUAUCAUAAAACAGAUGAAAUAUUGAGAGUUGGUAUAAGUGUUUUUUAUUAUGGAUAUGUGUAACUGUUGUCUAUUUUUAUACAUUUUCUAUUUAGCUAGUCUCAUGGAGGAAAACCAGUCCAGGUAUUGUCAUAGCCUUGGUGCCAUUCAUGCUGGCUUUAUGCAACUUGGUCCACAUGUUGCCAGAGACAAUAAACCAAUGCACGGCAAGGCCCAUAACUCUGGCUUUAAUUAUUGUCAACUACUGGGGUAAUGCCCCUUGAUUGACUGGAAAAAGAAACGGACAAGCAUUGAAGUUCGCUCUUUGUUAUUUUGUUCUAUUGUCUAUGAAUAUAAAAUAUAUUUAUUUAUAUUGUGUAACAUUGUAUUCACAUUGUUAUAGUAUUUUUGUCAAAUUUUGAUAGGAAUAUAUACAAAUGUAUUAUGUAUUAAGUUUGGGCCGAACAUAUUUUAACAUAAAGACCCAUAAAUAAUUCUGUAUGUUUCAUAAAAGAAUGUCAUGCAUUUUAUUCAAGUACUGUGCCAUAUCUUGCAAGUGUAUUUAACCUUACCAUACUUGUUGUUUUCAAAAUGAUUUCCAUUUGAUUUUGUGCAUUAGUUUUUUGAAGAUGAUAUUCAAUAUAACAGUGGUCACUUAGAACAUAAGUUGCACGACACAACGAUCUUUUUGUUUUACAUUUGAUAAGAUUCUUACCUGCAUUUAAUUUAUCCUGAUCUUUUUCAAGAGAAUUUUUACAUUUAAUGUUAAUAAUUGUUUGUUGGAAUCUGAUCCAUAUUAUCAUACAUAAUAUACAGUAUUAAAAGGGAAUAUCAUUAUUAUUUUAAUGGUGCUUCAUUCAAAUUUUAGAUGAAAUGUAAAAUUGCCAAAACUUCUGAAAGUACAACCAUGAUUGAAAUAAUGAAAGAAAAAGUAAUUAUUGUUAAUUACCUUUGCUUUGACUACCAGGUCUUUGGCCAAAACAUUAAUUUUUCGUCACAUUUGUGCAAAAACUUAAUAAUGGCUCUAUGCAGAUAUCAAGAUCCUGCCCAUGGGUGGCAAGUGUUAGUUCCUCAGGCACAUUUUUAAAAAACGAUAUAAUAUAAUUUUAUUUCAGUUUUGUUUUCAUCUAAAAACAUAAGGAGAAAAAUCUCAUGAUAACAAUAUUUUUCACUCUGCUGUUCCAACCAAAAAAAACUAUUUUGGCUUGUUAACAGAAUAGAAAAUAUUUUUGAGCAUUAAAAUAAUGCUUGGAUAAAAUAACUGCCAUUAAUCAUUAGAACUAUUAAAUCAUUAUUUAUUUUUGGAUUUACAUGCUGAACCACCAAUGUUUUUAUUGCUUUGUUUAAAAGUGCAUUUAGUUGUAUUUAGUUUGGUGCAGACAAGGUGCUUAUCAGAAAAGUGUUGUUUUUUAAAUGUUGAAUACCGUUGGAAACAAGUCACAUGUUGUUAUGGUUGACAUUGUAAUGUUUUAUGAUGUUCCUGUUAUCAUAUUUUAGUGUAAUUAUUUUAGCUUCAGUUUGUUUUUCAUCCACAUGAAAACAUACGCCAAGAAGUAAUAUUUGAUUUAUUGUAAAGUUGUACAUGUGCUGUUGUUGCAUGUUGUUUUUGGAUUUCUCUUCAGAAAACAGCAAAGAAAUUGUUGAGAUUGACACAGUGAAGCAUAACAUGUUAAAGGCACUAUUUAUUGGUUUAAACCUUUCAAAAGAACAUUUCAAGGAUACAGAGGGUUAGAGCAUAUCAAUAAUAAAGGAUUUUCUGAGGUAAUAAUACAUGAAAGGUAAACAAGUGAUAUAAGCGCAAAACAAAAUAAAUCAGGACAUAAUUGAGAAGGAAGCUUAUAAGCUUACACUAGGCCUCACUUCUGUCACUUUUUCAAGCUGCUUGUAAUGGAGUAAGGUGUACUAUUGAUUGACAUGGUAAAGCCACUUAAUAUCGAUAAAUCACUGUUUUAAACAUGCACAGGGAAGACAUACCUGCGAAGGGAAGUAACUCUGUCAAAUAAUAGAAAAUAUUCAUUUUAGAAACUCUCGAUGAAUGCCGGUAUUAACUAUGUCAAAAUCUAUAUGUAAUUUUUCCUUUGCUUUUGAAAGAUAUAUUUUAUGAUCAGUACAAUCUGGAUGUGCUUGUUUUUGGCUGACAUGUUUUAUUUGGAUAUUGGAAAGCAUUGCUGGACUAUAUAUGCCAAUUAUAAUGUACAUUUUGAGUAACUUUGCAACAUGUGUGCAGUUCAUUUAUGAUGGAAAAUUUCUGUUUUGACACUAUAUUGUUCUUGAAUUGAAAUUUUGUAAAACAGUAUCAUUAAUAAAAGGUAUAUAAAUA